GUAUUGAGUGUGGGAGAAAGAUGGGCUGUUUUUCUUCGCAAUGGGAGUGAGCGGAUUAGUGAUGUGGGCGUUUCCUGUCGAUGCUGUGCUGACUUGGGUGCCUUACCAUAUGUUGACGGGGGCUGCCGAGCGAAACCACGUGUGGCUAUAUUCUAUAUUCCUCACUUUCGCCCAUUCCUUCUUGUUUUAAAGAUGUUGGCGACCUCUUUUGAUCUACUGCUGCAUAGGGAAACGUGAUAAACUCUACAAGUAGGUCGGGUCAACAUGUCACAGACAAAUCAUGAGCAGCAGGCUCCCCUAGGGCACGUCUUCGGCUUCUGGAAGCUCGCCUGUCCCCGACAAGCUGGUUUGGAUUGGGAUACGGAUAAGAACCUCGCGAAGAGACAUGGGGUGCGGCAACGUGAAGUCGAGGAAGUGGACAGCGAACGGGCGUCGAAAAGUCCGAGGAGCGAUACUGAUACUGCAGUGACGAGUUCCUCAAGCGAAUUCCCCUACCCCGCCAUGUCUCUCCCUAAGCCUAUGUUGGAGUUGGGCUUCCGGGUCACCGUGCGGUUCGCGCCGGAUGUGGCGGAGACCGUCGUCGAGGGCGGGAAGACGGUCGAGCUGGCGAGGGCGGUCUGCGGUUCCUGGUCUGGGCCGCUGGGUUCGGGUGUCGUCUUGUCGGCCGGACAUGACCUGGAUAAGACGAGACUCGAGACCCGGUCGAUCCAUCAGAUCGACACCGCGUUCAAGUUGGAGACCGACGACGAGGAACCGGCCAUGCUCGAGAUGGGGACGAGGGGGUUCCUGAGCGGGACGCCUGACGUGCUUCGUCGGACCGCCUGCCGAACGGAAGAAGAGGCGAGGGUCGACCCGAGGAAAUACUGCUACCGCAUGGCCAUCAGCUUGACGACGACGGACAUGCGAUAUGUCAAGAAGGUGGGAGGAGCGUUGUGGCUCGGGACCGGGAUGUGGGACCUGGAUGAGCUUGUCAUUGAGUAA